GCAGGAAUCAUCAGGUCAGGCCACCACUGCAGCAGCAGCAGCAGCUGCUGCUGCUAACUGCAUCACCUCACAUACUUUCCCCUCUCCCUUCCUCAGCUCCCUUUAAUACCUCACCCUCCUCUCCUCCCUUCUCUGGGCUGGCCGGAUCUCUUCCCUGCAGAUCGAGAGGCACUGCCAACACCACCACCACCACCACCACACCAUGCUCAACAUGAUGACUGAUCUGAGCUGCGGGCCGUCGUCCAAGGUCAAGGAGCAGGUGGCGGCGGCGCCGACGGGCUCCGGCGACAGGCAGGGGCAGGGGAGAGGCAAGAUCGAGAUCAAGCGCAUCGAGAACACGACGAACCGGCAGGUGACCUUCUGCAAGCGCCGCAACGGCCUGCUCAAGAAGGCGUACGAGCUCUCGGUGCUCUGCGACGCCGAGGUCGCGCUCGUCGUCUUCUCCAGCCGCGGCCGCCUCUACGAGUACGCCAACAACAGUGUGAAGUCCACCAUUGAGAGGUACAAGAAGGCCAACAGUGACUCCUCCAACUCUGGCACAGUUGCAGAAGUCAAUGCCCAGUACUACCAGCAGGAGUCCUCCAAGCUGCGACAGAUGAUCCACAGCUUGCAAAACGCAAACACGAACAUAGUGGGAGAUUCCAUCCACACCAUGGGCCUCAGGGAUCUUAAACAAAUGGAGGGCAAGCUGGAGAAAGCCAUAAUCAAGAUUAGAGCUAGAAAGAAUGAGCUGCUAUACGCUGAAGUUGACUAUAUGCAAAAAAGGGAGAUGGAUCUGCAGACUGACAACAUGUACCUGAGGAGCAAGAUCGCUGAGAGUAAUGAAACGGGGCAGCCGGCGAUGCACAUGACGAUGGGAGCGCCGCCGACGAGCGAGUACGACCACAUGGCCCCUUUCGACUCGAGAAACUUUCUGCAAGUGAGCAUGCCUCAGCACUACUCCCAUCAGCUGCAACCUACAACCCUCCAGCUCGGAUGAUGAAAUCAGCGCUAUACCUGGCGGCGCCCGGCCCCCAAUCGAGAUAGAUCACGCAUGCAGUUAUAUCAUGUGCCAAAUCGAGAUCUCAAGUAACUCUACGUACGUUUGCUUAAUUAUUAAUAAUUGUGAUUAGUGCAACUGUUAGGGUAUAUAUAUUUGUGAGUGCCACCACUGUGUGCGUGCAUUUGUACGUGUGAAUUUAGCUGUUGCAUCUACUACUAUUGUACCCUCCGGCCAGGCCAUAUCAUCAGAAACGCGGGUUUAUUUACGCAUACUUAUAUAUAUAUGAUUUGUGUGCUUUAUAUAGAUUGAAAAGAGUAUGUUGGCCUCUCUUCUGAA